AUGCCGCGGCCGCGCCGCGCGGUGCAGCUGGCGCCCGGCUCGCUGGCCCUGGUGCUGCGCCGGCGGCGGGAGGCGGCCGGGGAGCCGAGCGGCGCGGCGCUGUUCCGGGCCUUCCGCCGGGCCAACGCCAGGUGCCACUGGGACGCCGGGCUGGCGCGCGCCGUGUCCCGCGUCUCGCUGCAGGGCUGGCUGCGGGGCGGUGUGCUGCUCCUGCAGGGCCCCGCCGCCCCUCUGCAGCUGCUGCGGGACGCCUGGCUCCGCAGGGCGCUGCGCCCGCCCCACGGGUUUCUCAUCCGGGCAGUGGGUGAUGUAUCUCCAAUUCACAUGAAUCCUAUUUCUCAAUCCCAGUUUGUUCCUUUGGCAGAAAUUCUUUGCUGUGCUAUAGCUGAUAUGAAUGCAGCUCAUGUUAUUGUUACCCAGGAAACAUUAAUGGAUCAGUUGGUGAAACAUUAUCCAGGUAUAGCAACUCCCUCACAAGAAAUUCUAUAUAGUGUGCUUGGAACUCUAAUUAGAGAGAGGAAGAUAUAUCACACUGGAGAAGGCUACUUCAUAGUGACCCCUCACACCUACUUUAUCACAGAUAAUGUUAUGAAAGACAAUAAGAAGUUCCUCUUAGAGGAUAAUUGCCCUCUACUGCCGUCCACCUCUUACCUUGUAAGCAUGGAGAGCUCUGCAGAUCUAACAAAAGAAAAUGUUCCUCUGGUGUCUCAUUGCAGAUUCUGUCAUUGUUUCCCUGCUCAGGCUAUAUUCAGUGAACAAAGACAUCAGCAAUUAAUUAACCAUGAACCUAAUGGAAUUGGUCAGAAAGGCUCUGGUGAGUUGAAGCCCUCAGUUCAGAAUCAGCCUCUCUCUAAAUCAGUUGAGACUCAGUCAUGUGACAUAACCAAGUCCUUAACUUCAAUGAAAGAAAAAGAAAAAUGUAAAAAGUUUGGGCUUGGCUUUUUCUGGCGUAGCACAUCUAAAAAAGAAAAACCUAAAAAAAAGUAUUCUUCUUUUUCUGCCCAAUUUCCUCCUGAAGAAUGGCCAGUCAGGGAUGAAGAUAAUUUAGAUAACAUUCCACGUGACAUUGAACAUGAAAUCAUCAAGCGUAUUAACCCUGUGCUAACAGUAGAUAAUUUAGUUAAACACACAGUACUAAUGAAGAAAUUUGAGGAACAGAAAAAAUAUAUUAGUAAAGGCACCUCAACCGAAAUGUUGACAAUUAACCAAAAGCAUAUUUCAAAAGGGUGUGUUCUUAAAAAGCAAAGUAAAAGGGCAAAGCAUCACAGGAAAGUUCAAUCCAACAAAGAAAAGCAAAUAAGAAAAACCCAGAGAAAAUCUCAAGUUAAUGAGGUAAUGUCAGAAAAUGACAAACAGGAAAAACGUGCAGAGCUGCUAUCACAUGUUACAAAUGAAGUCAUAGCUCAUGAACAGCUAUAUGAGGAUGCAACAGUUGUUAAAUCCCAUUUUAUAUAUAAAAAGCAAAUUAAGAAUCCUUUUCAAGGUCUACCAUGUAGAGAGAAACUUUCUACAAAAGGGCACAAAGGUCAGAAAAACAUUCAAUUUAAGUCCAGGAUUCAAAAGCAAGAAUGGAAUUUUCAAAGGUCAAGGUCUUUGGAUUCCUCAAGAACCUUUGACCAUGAAGCCAUACAAUCAAAUGCUGAAAAACGCAGUGACAAAGCCAAGCAAAACAAAUCAUCCCACAAUAACAAUUCUUCCCUCCAACCUAUCAAAGGCCAUUUCAGUGAAUGCUCUAAUUAUCCACAAUGCAGUACUUUACGAAUAGAUGAUAGAUGUCAUCAUUCCAGAGAGAGUAGCCUUUCUGACUAUGUCUAUAGAGGGGCAAACAAAAAAGUUAUUGGAGAUGUUCCAAAAACUCAUUUCUCUUACAUUGAAGAUAUGUUUGAGUUUAAGGAAGAAAUAAAGUAUCCACUGAGUUCAAAAGAUACCCAUCAGUGUGACAAACCUGCCAUAAUAUGUGAGCUACUAGAUCAAACAUCAAAUCAGUUUCAGAAUUUCAGUCUUUCUAAUGAUCCUGCUGAUGCUAACCAGUUUAAACAGUCUGAAAAUGGUGCAACUCAAAGACUAAGUACUGACAAAAAGAACGAACUAAUGUUUAACAAUACUACUAACUGGCCUGAGUCUGUUAACCCAGAAAAAAAAGGAUUCACUGAUGAUCAGACUUUGUAUCAAAAAGUAGAUGAUGAUGAUGAUGCUUGCAGUUCAUUAUAUCUUGAGGAGGAUGAUUACCCUAAAUCGUAUCAGCAACAACUCAGCCACACUAUUUCAGAAACAGGAGAAUGGAGUAAGGGAAUACAACAGAUAGGAACUGAACUGUCUCUCAGAAACUGGAGUCUUAGUAUUCAUCCAGCUGAGUGCACUACUAAUGUAAAUCAAUUAGAUUCUUGUGGGCAUGAAGAAAAUGAAUGUCAUAGUCAUAGUGGGUCAAUGGAUAGCUCACAAGAGUGCCAGAAAAUGCAUCUUGCAGGAGAAAAUUGUUUCCAUGAGCGGCUAUCUCAGUUUGCUUACACUCAUCAUGAAGAGGAAGUUGACCUUGCUGAACAUGUUCAGGCUUCAGAUAUUGGUGUCAAUAUACUUGAUUUCUGCAAAACAAACGAGGGUGACUCAGAUGCUGAAACUUUGCCAAACACUCCCAAUGAAAUGAGAGAGAAAUCGGCAUGCUGGACACUGGGACUGCAGAUCAUGGAAAUGAGAAAAAAAAUUGGAAAAAAGCAAGAGCUUUUUAAUAGUACACAUACUACAAUUUCAGGGCCAAAUGUCCAAAAAGAAUUAAAUGUAGAAGGAACAGAAAACCAGAGCAUUACAGGAGACAGCGGAAUUGAUUCUCCAAGAACACAAAGUCUUACAUCUAAUAAUUCAGCCAUUUUGGAUGGGUUGAAAAGAAGACGAAGUUUCCUGCAGAACUUUGAAGGCAUAAAUAACAGUGCAAGGAGUGGAAGGAUGCUUACAGAAAAUACAUUGCUGCAGUUAACUCCAGUCAUGAAUGUUUAAGUUUCUUCUCUUGCAGAGCUUUGUGAAUUCUUUCUUUUGUAUAAUGUAAAUAUCAUUAGUGUAAAUUUUUGAAACAAUCAGAUACAUAAAGAUGCAUCUAAAUCCAUGUCUAUACUUUAAACUUGUUUGAACUAGGGCUGUCAAGUGAUUAAAAAAAUUAAUUGUGAUUAAUUGCACGAUCGUGGUGUUAAUAAUAGAAUACCAUUUAUUUAAAUAUUUUUUGAUGUUUUCUACAUUUUCAAAUAUAUUGA